AUGGAUUAUUAUGAAUUUACUAUCGUAUUUGUUCGAUUUCAACAAGAUAUUAAAAUCCAAGGUGCACAGUUUCGUUGUCGAAAAAAAGAAAAAACAACAGAAAAAUGUUUAGAUUCAUCAUCAGCAUUUUCAAACAAAGCAAUCAAAGUUUAUGUUCGUCUGAUGUUUCUUCGAAUAGGUGAAAUUGAUACGUUAAAUGAAAAAUAUCAAGCACAAGCAUCGAUAGAAUCUCGUUGGUCUGUUGAAUUUGACAAAUUUUUAUCAAAUCUAUCUUCUGAUGAACAAACACGUCUAAUACAAGGAAAAUCUAUAUCGCUUAUUAAAUAUGCUGAAUCUAAUUGGCAUCCUCAAUUAUAUAUUGAAAAUAUUCUAAGUGAUUUAAAAGAACAACUAAAAUAUAGUGCAAAAAUAUGUAAAGCAGAUAAUCAAAUAUACAUUUGUGAACAUCGUGAUAUUAAAGGUUUAUUUUGGGAAAAACUUGAAUUACAACAUUUUCCAUCAGAUGUUCAAGAAUUAUCGAUAUCAAUUGGUUCGAUGCUUUAUGAUGAUAAAGUUUUAUUAAUUGCUGAUCCUUAUUAUUUAAGUGGAAUUAAUCGAGAAGUAUUUGUCGAUCAACAAGAAUGGUCAUUAUAUGAACAUGUUGAUACUAAACAAAGAUAUAUAAAAGAAUUUUUAUUUCGAGGUGGUGAUGAAGAAGAAGAUAACGAUGAAGAUGAGUAUGCAACUACUGGUAGUAAUAAAGAACGGAAGCGUUCGAUUUUAACUGUAACUUGUCAUGCAGGUUGGUAUUUAGUCAGAAUAGAAAUGACAUGA